GUAUGUGACGAAUAUGGUGUAUACGGAAGGAUAUUUGAAGGAAAAGCUGACCAAGGAAUUGGACGCCGUUCAUGUCGAGGUGACAGAUGAGAGCGACGGGUGCGGUGCCAAAUUCUCAGCGGUCGUAGUGUCAGACAAGUUCCAAGGGAAGCCGCUCCUUGCCCGUCAUAGAUUGGUGAACUCAGUGCUCCAGGAGGAAUUGAAGACAAUCCACGCAUUCACACAAAAGACCCUGACGGUGGAACAGUGGAAACAACAGUCCUAAUGUUACUAUCUAUUACAAUACAAUGAAGUAAUAUUGUUCUGUAG